CGAGGCCUGGCCGGUUCCCCACCUCAGCCCGCGCCCCAUUGUAUCCCCUCCGAGCGCGACUCAAGCGCGCAGGCACGCGGUGCUAGCCGCUGGGCAGCUAUGCGGGCUGUCCAGUGGGGCUGGUCCCGGCCGGACCUGUGUUUACAGCCACUACCAGUCCCGGCUUCCUGCGCUAUCUCAACCACGAAGCACCCAGCGGCUGGCGCCUGGAGCGUUCUCUGGUUCAUCUUGGGAAGCCGGUUGAAGACUCUGCCUUCCUUUUGGAUUACUUGGUUCUCAGGACCUUGCCAGUAAGACUCGGAGUUGACGCGGUUGUGACCCAGCCUGCCCGUUUCCGUCCUUGUAUGUGUUGCUGGAAGCCCGGGGCUCUUUGGAGCUGUUCGCGUGGAGACUUUGAGCCACUUCGAGCUGCUUCCGGGUGCAGAGGCUGCUGCGAUGAGCUCCCAAAGCCAUCCAGAUGGACUUUCUGGCCGAGACCAGCCCGUGGAGCUGCUGAAUCCUGCCCGCGUGAACCACAUGCCCGGCACGGUGGAUGUGGCCGCGGCGCUGCCCCUGCAAGUGGCCCCCGCAGCAGUGCCCAUGGACCUCCGCCUGGACCACCCGUUCUCGCUGCCCGUGGCGGAGCCCGGCCUGCGGGAGCAGCAGCUGCAGCAGGAGCUCCUGGCGCUCAAGCAGAAGCAGCAGAUCCAGCGGCAGCUCCUCAUCGCCGAGUUCCAGCGACAGCACGAGCAGCUCUCGCGGCAGCACGAGGCCCAGCUGCACGAGCACAUCAAGCAACAGCAGGAGAUGCUGGCCAUGAAGCACCAGCAGGAGCUGCUCGAGCACCAGCGGAAGCUGGAGCGGCACCGCCAGGAGCAGGAGCUGGAGAAGCAGCACCGGGAGCAGAAGCUGCAGCAGCUCAAGAACAAGGAGAAGGGCAAAGAGAGUGCCGUCGCCAGCACAGAAGUGAAGAUGAAGUUACAAGAGUUUGUCCUUAAUAAAAAGAAGGCUCUGGCCCACCGGAACCUGAACCCCUGCAUAUCCAGCGACCCUCGCUACUGGUAUGGGAAAACACAGCACAGCUCCCUUGACCAGAGUUCUCCUCCCCAGAGCGGGGUGUCGGCCUCCUACAACCACCCGGUCCUGGGCAUGUACGACGCCAAAGACGACUUCCCUCUCAGGAAGACAGCUUCCGAGCCCAACCUGAAACUGCGGUCCCGGCUAAAGCAGAAGGUGGCCGAGAGGCGGAGCAGCCCCCUGCUGCGCAGGAAAGAUGGGCCGGUGGUCACUGCUCUCAAAAAGCGUCCGUUGGAUGUCACAGACUCCGCCUGCAGCAGCGCCCCCGGCUCCGGGCCCAGCUCGCCCAACAACAGCUCCGGGAACGUCAGCGCGGAGAACGGGAUCGCGCCCGCCGUGCCCAGCAUCCCGGCCGAGACCAGUUUGGCGCACAGACUUGUGACACGGGAAGGCUCGGUGGCUCCACUCCCUCUCUACACGUCGCCCUCCUUGCCCAACAUCACCUUGGGGCUGCCCGCCACGGGUCCUUCCGCCGGUGCGGCCGGCCAGCAGGAUGCUGAGAGACUCGCCCUCCCCGCCCUCCAGCAGAGGAUCCCCCUCUUUCCCGGCACCCACCUGGCGCCCUACCUGAGCACCUCGCCCUUGGAGCGGGACGGCGGCGCGGCACACAACCCUCUCCUGCAGCACAUGGUCCUUCUGGAGCAGCCGCCCGCGCAGACGCCCCUGGUCACAGACUGGUAUCUUUCAGGCCUGGGAGCUCUGCCCCUCCACGCACAGUCCCUGGUUGGCACGGACCGGGUGUCCCCCUCCAUCCACAAGCUGCGGCAGCACCGCCCGCUGGGGCGCACGCAGUCGGCCCCGCUGCCCCAGAACGCCCAGGCCCUGCAGCACCUGGUGAUCCAGCAGCAGCACCAGCAGUUCCUGGAGAAACACAAGCAGCAGUUCCAGCAGCAGCAGCAGCUGCACAUGAACAAGAUUAUCCCCAAGCCGAGCGAGCCAGCCCGGCAGCCCGAGAGCCACCCCGAGGAGACAGAGGAGGAGCUGCGCGAGCACCAGGCGCUGCAGGACGAGCCGUCCCUGGAGCGGCUGUCGGGGCGGAAGGAGCCGCUCGCUCUGGCCGGCGUGCAGGUCAAGCAGGAGCCCGUCGAGAGCGACGAGGACGAGGCGGGGCCCCCGCGGGAGGCGGAGCCAGGCCUGCGCCAGCCCACGGAGCAGGAGCUGCUCUUCAGACAGCAAGCCCUCCUGCUGGAGCAGCAGCGGAUCCACCAGCUGAGGAACUACCAGGCGUCCAUGGAGGCUGCUGGCAUCCCUGUGUCCUUCGGCGGCCACAGGCCUCUGUCCCGGGCACAGUCCUCCCCGGCGUCUGCCACCUUCCCCGUGUCUGUGCAGGAGCCCCCGACCAAGCCACGGUUCACGACAGGCCUCGUGUACGACACGCUGAUGCUGAAGCACCAGUGCACCUGCGGGAACACCAACAGCCACCCCGAGCACGCGGGGAGGAUCCAGAGCAUCUGGUCCCGCCUGCAGGAGACCGGCCUCCGCAGCAAAUGUGAGAGCAUCCGCGGACGGAAGGCCACGCUGGAGGAGCUGCAGACGGUGCACUCGGAAGCACACACCCUCCUCUACGGCACAAACCCCCUCAACAGGCAGAAACUGGACAGUAAGAAACUUCUAGGCUCGCUGACCUCGGUGUUUGUCCGGCUUCCUUGCGGUGGCGUCGGGGUGGACAGUGACACCAUAUGGAACGAGGUGCACUCGUCGGGGGCGGCCCGCCUGGCCGUGGGCUGCGUGGUGGAGCUGGUCUUCAAGGUCGCCACGGGGGAGCUGAAGAACGGCUUCGCUGUGGUCCGGCCCCCGGGACAUCACGCCGAGGAGAGCACACCCAUGGGCUUUUGCUACUUCAACUCCGUGGCCGUGGCUGCCAAGCUCCUCCAGCAGAGGCUGAACGUGAGCAAGAUCCUCAUCGUGGACUGGGACGUGCACCACGGGAACGGGACGCAGCAGGCUUUCUAUAGCGACCCCAGCGUCCUGUACGUGUCGCUGCACCGCUACGACGACGGGAACUUCUUCCCCGGCAGCGGGGCCCCUGACGAGGUGGGCACAGGGCCAGGCGUGGGCUUCAACGUCAACAUGGCUUUCACCGGUGGCCUCAACCCCCCCAUGGGAGACACUGAGUACCUGGCGGCCUUCAGAGCUGUGGUCAUGCCGAUCGCCAGCGAGUUCGCCCCGGACGUGGUGCUGGUGUCAUCAGGCUUCGACGCUGUGGAGGGCCACCCCACGCCUCUCGGGGGCUACCACCUCUCUGCCAAGUGUUUCGGGUACCUGACGAAGCAGCUGAUGGCGCUGGCCGGCGGCCGCGUGGUCCUGGCCCUCGAGGGCGGCCACGACCUGACCGCCAUCUGCGACGCCUCCGAAGCGUGCGUCUCCGCUUUGCUGGGGAACGAGCUUGACCCGCUCCCGGAAAAGGUCUUACAGCAGAGGCCCAAUGCCAACGCCGUCCGGUCCAUGGAGAAGGUCGUGGAGAUCCACAGCAAGUACUGGCGCUGCCUGCAGCGCACGCCCUCCACGGUCGGCCACUCUCUGCUCGAGGCGCAGAAGUGCGAGAACGAAGAAGCCGAGACGGUCACCGCCAUGGCCUCACUUUCCGUGGGCGUGAAGCCCACCGACAAGAGACCGGAGGAGGAGCCCAUGGAGGAGGAGCCGCCCCUGUAGCAUCUCCCAGAGCCGCUGUUCUCCUGUUUGUCCGUCUCUGUCUUGAAGCUCAGCCGAGAAACUUUCCCGUGUGGCGCUUGAGUCCCACCACGUGCUCUCUUGGAGCACAAGGGACACCAGGCGCAGCAGCAGCGGGAAGCCUUUCUGCCGCCCAGGCCCGCGGGUCUCGAGACGCACAUGCACAGCCUGGGCAUGGCAGCCGCUCACGGGACACGGGACAGACGCCGGCACGUGCACACGCACAGACACGGAAGCCAAGCACACUCGGCCACCCUGGGAUGCCGCGGGAGCAAGCAGCCUGCGGCAGCUGGCGACACAGUUGCCGAAUCCAGGUGACAUGAGGAAAAGAAAAUGAAAAUCAAAGAUCUAAUAAUACAAAAAAACUUGAUUAAAACUGGUGCUUAAAGUUUGAUUAUUACCCACAAUUUCACAGUCUCCGUGUAAACCACUCAACUCAUCUUGUAGCUUAUUUUUUUUAAAGAGAAAGUUUUCUACGGCUCUGGCCUGCCUCUGCGACAUGGCGGCGUGUGGCAGGGUCUGCGACAGGUGGGGACGAGUGGACGAACCUUUCACGAAAGCAGAAGUGGACAGAAGCAGGAACGUGAGCCUGGGGGAGGGUUGAGUUUCUCGAAGCCAUCGGAAGAUGCAAGUUUGUGCCUUUAUUUUUAUUGCUCUGGUGGAUUUUUGUGGCUGGGUUUUCUGGAGUCCGAGGAACAAUGCCUUAAGAAAUUACAAAGAGCGGGAUCGGUGGGACAGUCCCCUGCGGCUGGGGCGUGUGGCGGUGCCGCGCCGAGCCGGCCUGAGCUCCAAGGACGGCACCGUUGCUGCCCUCGGGGCUCCUUCUUCGCCGCGUUGCUAGUUACAGAAACGGAGGUAGUUCCAAAAAAGUGGCAAAUACUGUUGGGGUUUUGAAGUCCAACAAAUUUUAAAUGAAUCCAAAGUGUUCUUUUCUCACACGUCACAUAGCGAUUGAUCAUCUCCAUUUGGUUGUCAGCAUGUCGUAGGCACACUUGCAGUGUUACGAUCGGAAUGCUUUUUAUUAAAAGCAAGUAGCAUGAAGUAUUGCUUAAAUUUUAGGUAUAAAUAAAUAUAUAUAUGUAUAAUAUAUAUUCCAAUGUAUUCCAAGCUAAGAAACUUGAUUCUUAUGAAAUCUUGAUAAAAUAUUUAUAAUGCAUUUAUAGAAAAAGUAUAUAUAUAUAUAUAUAAAAUAAAUGCAGAUCGUGAAGGUCCCUGCAGAUGGAUGACUUGUGAAUUAGCUCUAAAGGUGCUCAUGGAAAGGGAUCAUGACGGAAGCUCGCGUUUUUUGAGCUCCAGACUGGCCAGCUGUCAGACCGCCAACACAUUCGCCACUAGGCAACUACCCUGCAAGUUUGUACUUUGAUUUUAAUUAUUUUCUAACAGAAGCCCUUCCCUCUCCAAGCCUCCAUGCACAUAUGUACCUAAUGAGUUUUUAUAGCAAAGAAUAUAAAUUUGCUGUUGAUUUUUGUAUGAAUUUUUCACAAAAAGAUCCUGAAUAAGCAUUGUUUUGUGAAUUUUACAUUAUUCCUCACCAUUCAGGAAUUUUCUGAAUGGUAAAUAAUUUCUAAAUCGUUUUCCUUUUUAAAUUCUUGCCUGUACAUUUUUUUAACUUUCAAAGUUUUUUUUAUUAUUUGUUUAUUUUUGUACAGUGAGCAGGUUUCUGCAGCGUCCGGGAAUCGUUGCCAUCAGAGUUUAUUUUCAGAGAGUGAGAAGAGGGACCUUAGGUCUUUUCCGAGUGACACCAACGAUUGUGUCUCCUAGUCUGUCCUAGGAGCUGUAUAAAGAAGCCAGACGGCUUUUCCUACAUGCAACACUAGUAUUACACGGGUGGUGUGUUUUCCCGUCCGUGGCAAGGGCGGGGACGGUCACGCGUGGUGUUGAGCCACCGGGGAGGCUUGCUAGCCACGUGGGCAGUCAGCAUUAAUGCAACUCACGUUUAACCUUCUCUGGCCACACCUGCAGGAUAGAAUUCUAACUUCAGUUUCCCAAAGGCCUGUUUAGCAUGUCGGCAAUGCAUGGGGCACACGUGGGGCUCUUCACCUGUCGGGUUUCCUGCUGCAGCAGGGCUUAGGCUGGAAGCAGCCGGCCCCGGAUUUUGGAGCCUGUGGCUGCAAGGAACCCAGGGUCCUCCUGCCUGGCAGGCCUCACGGGAAGGUGCAGGCUCCCGCCCGGGACAGCCAGUCUUCACUCUUUCUCUUUGACAAUAACUGACGGUCACUUUUUACUGGUAACUUAAUUUUCAGCACUUGAAGCCACCAAUUUCAUUCCAGGUGUAUCAAGUUCAGACUUGUGGGUGGAAGUUCAGAGGCACCGUGCUCAGGAGGGACCCCAGGCCAGGUGUCCGUGUUUGGUCACGUUUACAGGGUAGCUUCUGAAAGAGACACUAACUCAAUCACACUUUUGACCGAAUGAGUACAGAUUCUCGGAUCCACUUGGUUGUUGCCUGCUGUUGGCCAGCCCGAAGACAGGGGUUUGAGAGCAGGGCAGAAAGGUCUUGAGACUUGUUUGACUUUCCCCUCCCUGCCGGCCACUCUUUGCUCCAAAGCCUGAGUUGGCAAGAGGAGCUGGCCUGUGGGCGCUGACUUGGCCCAUCCCCCAUUUGUGGCUCAGAGCUGUGGCAGGGCCCAGCCGGCCGGGUCUUCUUCCGGCAGCCUCUGCCCCGUUCUCCACAUGGCCUCUGAGGACCCCGCCACCUGCCCUCUUCCCAGCCAUGGUUCAUGGGGAGGAAUGCAGCGUCUCACUUUUUUGAGCAGAUGAUGGGAUGACAGGGACCGCCCCAUAGCCAGGUUGCCACUGGAGGGAUUCACUUCUAGUCUCACUCAGAGGGAGACAUCCUCUGUGCACAGGCCUGGCAGGGGGACGCAUGUUCCGCUUGUCAGCUCACUCCAGCUUCGCAGACGUGCUGAAAGCAUUACCGUGUAGCCUUUUCUUUGAAGACACACUCGGCCCUUCUCCACGGCCAGCGCCCAGGGCAAGUGGCAGAGGGUCCACCUUGGCAUCCGUGGGCGAGACCACAUCAGGGAGGGUCUCUUCGCCUUCCCUUCGGUCCUUGGACCUUUAGCCUUUUUCUUCCUUUGCAAAGGCCUUGGGGGCGCUGGCCAGGGAGUCGACAAGAGAGCACUUUAUAUCCCUCUGAGCGAAGCCCCGAUGACGCCCCGGGACGCGUGGUGUCCACCUGCCCUUGCGGCUCCCAGCUGUGCCACGACGUGCCCACGCCCCACCAGCAGGCGGCCGUCCCGGGAAGCCGCCCCGCGGGGACUGGCCGCCCUCUCCGGCGUCCCGUGGCUCCUGUUCAGGAGGGCCACUUUGUCAGAGUGUUUCAGUUUUUCUUUACUUCUUUUAAACUCUGUUUCCAAGAGGAAGGACCGUUUUGGGAUGGUCCCCACAAAGCAAGUCUGAUUUUUGCAGUACUAGCGAUGGACUUUGUUGUUUUUGUUUUGAUCAGAACAUUCCUUCUUUACUGGUCACAGCCAUGCGCUCAUUCCACUCUUCUUUUUGUAGACUUUGGGCCCACGUGUUUUAUGGGCAUUGAUACAUAUAUAAAUAUAUAGAUAUAAAUAUAUAUGAAUAUAUUUUUUUAAGUUUCCUACACCUGGAGGUUGCAUGGACUGUACGACCGGCAUGUCUUUCUAUUGUACACAGAUUUUGCACGCCAGACUCGGCAGCUUUGGGGAAGAAGCAAAAUGCCUUUUUGUUCCCCUCCCAUGACAUUUGCAGAGAAAAAAGAUGGAAAUUUUUCUGUAAAACAAAACCUUGAAGGAGAGGGGGGAGGGAAGUUUGCGUCUCACUGAACUUAUUCUUAAGAAAUUGUACUUUUUAUUGUAAGAAUAAAAAGGACUACUUAAACAUUUGUCAUAUUAAGAAAAAAGUUUAUCUAGCACUUGUGACAUACCAAUAAUAGAGUUUAUUGUAUUUAUGUGGAAACAGUGUUUUAGGGAAACUACGCAGAAUUCAAGGUGAACUGCCUGUCUCUCUUGAGUUGAUUUGGAGGAAUUUUGUUUUGUUUUGUUCUGUUUGUUUCCUUUUAUCUCCUUCCUCGGGCCGGGUGGGCGCUGCCAGCCCCCCUGGCCUCGUGGCGGUUUAUUCUGAUUGAGAACCGGGCGGGCUCGGAAGAGUCCCCUUUUCCGCACAGCGUGUUGACUUUCAUUAAUUUUAGAUGAUGUAUGGCUAAGAUUUCACUUUCAGCAGUCGUGACCUGUGCGAGCACUGUGGUUUAACAUUAUACUUUGCAUCGAAGGAAACAUUUCUUCAUUGUAACGAAGCCGAGCUCGUUCUCAGCUCAGCCUCACUUUGUCUCUACAUUGAUUAAAAGUCUCCUAUUGAAAGAAAAAGAAAGCGAACAGUUUUUGUUUGGUUUUUUGGCGUGUGUGCUCCACAGUGGAGGCUCUAUUUUCCAGUUUAUGAGAAUGACAGACAUAUAUAUAAUAUAUAUAUAAAGGGGGGUUGGACCUCACUCACCCAAGAGCUUAUUACAGGUGUGUGGCGGGAGCCGGGUCGUGACGAUGCCGCGUCCCCUUGGGGCCUGCUCGGCCUGGCGGGCUCUGCGCCGGCCACCACCAGUUUCUUCUGUAAUUUAAUCCGUUUUCUCUUUGAUUGUACGGACCUUCCCAAGGGUUCUUUCUUUUGCUCAGUGGAGUUGGAGGUUUUGUGUUCGACUUUCUCAUUCUUGUUUUGUUUCGUGCGGGUGGGUUUUCACCGGCCAGUGGCCUGCUCUGAUGGCCAGCUUCUCCUUCCACUUCACCGGAGUCCAGUAUUUUGUACCACAUCAUACAACUUGUUACUCUUGCGGUGUAAAUAAAGACUGAGUUAAUUGCCCUCCUA